AUGCACUUAGAAGGUUGCGGGAAACGAAAAGAACCAUCAUUGAUAGCGGCGAUCAACGAUGGUCCCAGCAGAACUCGUCGCAUUUUCGUGACAGAUAAAAUGACGAAAAUCGCCUUUUUAAUCGACACCGGAGCCGACGUUAGUGUUUUUCCGCGAAAACGUGUUGGUGGACACUUACGCAAGAACGAAUACGAACUUUACGCGGCAAAUAACACACGCAUAAUAACGUACGGUACGAUGGCCGUCGAUCUCGACUUAUCUCUGAGACGUAGUUUUAAAUGGCGAAUGAUUGUAGCGGAUAUUGAUACGCCUAUCAUCGGCAUGGACUUUCUGAUUUAUUACGGACUUCUCGUCGAUCCGAAAAAUAAACGUCUCGUCGAUUCGGAAACCAGGUUAACUACGCAAGGCCAAUUAGCCUCGGACAAACACAGUUCCAUCAGGACUAUCGUCGGUAGUUCGAAUUAUCAUCGAAUCCUUUCCGAAUUUCCUGAAGUGACACGACCCGCGAUUUUCGGUAAAGAACCCGCUAAACAUGAUGUGAAGCACUACAUCAAGACCACGCCCGGGCCCCCAGAGUUCUGCAGACUUACAUAUGACAGUGAAAAAGGACAACGGAGUGCGGCCCUGUGGUGA